AUGCAGUAUAUUUUUGAGCGACGUCACAAGGGCAAAAUAUCAUAUUCGGGUGACGAAUUAUCCUCCGGUGACAGUGCUAUAGUGAUCAGUAACCACCGAUCAUUCUCAGAUUUCUAUAUGCUGCACUCUAUCGCAAUACGAAGAAACAUGUUACCGCAUCUCAAGUAUUUUGCAAAGGACUCGCUUAAAUUUAUUCCGUUCUUUGGAUGGGGGAUGUGGUUGAUGGGAAUGCUCUUUGUUACCAGAAAUUGGACGCAAGACGAAGCAAAGAUUGAAAGAAUGUUUAAAACAAUAAAGCGACAUGAAGCACCUGUCUGGAUUGUAAAUUUCUUGGAGGGAACUAGAGCUACUCCGCAGAAGCUAAAAGAUAGUCAAGAAUAUGCCCGAAAGAACAAUUUAACUAUAUUGGAAAAUUUGCUCAAUCCGCGAACGAAGGGGUUUGUUGCUUGUGUUCGACAGUUGCGGAAUACUCAUGUGAAAUACGUGUACGACUUCACUAUAGCGUACAAAAAUGAAAAGAAAACGGCAGAUCUCCCAUUGCCGCCAAAUCUGAUCCAAGUUCAUGCGUAUCCUGUUCUGUCACCCCCAUGGUCUUUUCACGUCCAUAUUAAACGUUAUGCAAUUGAAGAUCUGCCGAAGAAUGAAGAAAAGCUUGUUGAAUGGGUAAAGCGAGUUUUUGUAGACAAGGACAAUUUGCUUGAAGAAAUGAAAAAACAUUGGACUAAUGCAAAAGCAUUAGCUUCAUUUUGUAUUGUCAGAAGUGAUACCGCUUCUACUCACGCACGAGUCGCUCGUGCAUCAACACCCUCAUCAUCACCAGCAUAUAAAUAUAGACAUCAAAGACGUUAA